AUGUUUCAAUGUACACAAUGCGAAAAAGCCUAUCAGAGGAAGACUCAUUUAAUUCGCCAUGAAGUGACCCAUACACAGCAGCUCUCUUCUAGCUGUCCUCUGUGCAGCAAAUCAUUUCUAAAGCCUGAGGUCACACGAAGACAUAUCAAAAACUGUGCGAAAAAAUCCAAUCAACCUGCGCCUCCUGCAGCCAAGCCAGUAUCCACCAUCCGAUCCCUAGGAAUUUUCCAGCUCAAGCGAGGAGCCGCUCCCACCGUUUGUGAUGAGAUGACUUGGAGAAAUUUGGUGGCAGAGGAAGUGUGUAUAAGAAUCGCUUGUUGGGUCUUUUUAGCAGACGGAUUUCUCACCGUUUGCUUCAAAAACCACCCGUCAAUAUCGGUCUUUGAAAUGGACUGUCAUUUUCCCUGGAGUGCUGGGCUAUGGGAAGCCGAAAGCGCAUCUUCUUUCAGCAGAAUUGCCAUGUCGCACUCGACGGAGCUCCCACUUCCACCUCUAAAAGAUGUGAUCACGCAGUUGCUUGAAACUCCUUUAGGUAAUGACCCAAUACCAUGGGGUCUUUCGGUCUCAGUAGAGCAUCUUCUGAUUCUGAUUUACGCCAUUAAUUCCCUCGCCUUCCAAGCGAGAGCUGGCUUAUUAAGAUACCUAUCGCUCGAUAGAAUACGGUGUGCGUCUAGCAAUUGGAGGCGCAUCUGGGAUUCUGUCAUUGGUCUCCUAGAUAAGGAUCAAUUCCUUCAUCUUGGGUAUCCGAAACACGCUCAGGAGCUUUGGUGGUUGUUGAACGCUACUCUGGAUGCUACUGGCAGAUCUGAUGUCAGCCUUCGGUAUAUGGAUAACACCGCUACCGAUGACUUGGGGAAUUUGAAUGAAUUCAUUCAAUGGUGUCAUCAAAGUCCGCCAUAG